AUGGCUGCCUCUUCCCAGAUGGAUAAUGCUUCCCAAGAAAAGAGAACGGUGGAGGCCAUCCAUCAGGGCGACCAGAGUUGGUUCAGUCCUGUAACCAGCUCUGAACUCCAACUGAAAUGUGUCAAGAUAAUCAGUUUCACCCAAAAGCGGCGGGAGAGGCAGACUUCCGCUUUCGCCGCCGCCGCCGCCUGCCCGGCCAGAGCAGCGGCGAAGAGGCGGAGGCGGGACGCGGUGCUCCGUGACCUCCGACCGCCGGCAGCAGCAGCGCCUUCCCAGUGGCUGCGGCGCGGCGCCGGGCUGCCGGCUGCCGAGAGAGCCCCGCGUGGCCGUGCGCUUGGCGCCUGCAGGCAGCCGCCGCCGCCGCGGCAUCUGGGCUCCCUCCGAGGGCCCAGCCCGCCGCCCGCCUGCUCAGCCGCCCGGUCCGCCUGUAGCAGCAGCGCCUCGACGUGGCGGAGAAGAGGCGGGCAGCGGGGCGCGCCGAGGGGACUGGCGCCGGGACGCCCCCCCCCCACUUCCCCGCCAGGCAGCGGCGCUUCCUCGGCUGCCCUUCUCAGCUGGGGUAGAAGUUCUGCUCAGCCAAGCACUCCGGAGGAAGAGGAAGAAAGCGGACCUUUAGGAAAGGAGGAUGUGAGCAUCUCGAGUGCAGAAAGAGAAGGUGGAUUUCCUCCCGGCCAUCCCCCCCCCAUGCAUUCUGUAGCAUUGAUUGAUUGAUUGAUUGAUUGUCUUUCUAUGCCAGGUUUUCCACCAAGGAGCUCAAGGUGGUCCCUGUCCUCGUUCAAUCCCCAUAAUCCUGUGAGAUGGGUUAGGGACUGAGAGGCGGUGGCUGACCUGAGGUCACCCAGUGAGCAUCAUGGCUGAGUGGGGAUUGAACCCUGGUCACACAAGUCCUAGUCCAACAUUCUAACCACUGCAUCACACUGGCUCUUGCGUUAGUAGCAGUAUUUGAUGCAAGAAUAGCAUAUUAAUGACAGAUUUAUUCUGGAUUGUCCACACACUUUAUCAGCUGUUCAGCAAAGCUUUCCCAUUGUUAUUACACACACUAUGCCUUCAAGGCACAUUCUUUCCUUCAAAGAAUUCUGGGCACUAUGGUUUGUUAACAGUUGUUGCUGGGAUCUAUAGCUCUGUGAGGGGUAAACUACACUGCCCAGAAUUAUUUGAAGGAAAGAAUAUGCUUUGAAUGUGCUUUAAAGGUCUAGUGUGCACCUAGCCACAUUAUUGCCAUCUGGAGGCAUGCUGUUGUGCCGCAAAACCUGUGAUUUAGCU